CACUAUAUAUACCUAGUACUUAGUCGAAAAAUUUUCAGUUCAUCAUUUCUCUCAGUUCUCCCUCAUUUUGUAAUAAAAGAAAGAUCUACACAGAUCCAUUUUAGAUUCCCCUAUGGCUCCAACAGCGGCAGCAGCUUCGGAUUCAAUUAAGCCUAGAGAUGUUUGUGUUGUUGGUGUUGCACGCACACCAAUGGGUGGAUUUCUUGGCUCUCUUUCAUCUUUAUCUGCCACCAAGCUUGGAUCAAUAGCUAUAGAAGCUGCUCUUAAAAGGGCGAAUGUUGAUCCAUCACUUGUGCAAGAAGUUAUCUUUGGCAAUGUUCUCAGUGCAAAUCUAGGGCAGGCUCCAGCUAGACAGGCUGCAUUGGGUGCAGGAAUUCCUAACUCGGUUAUCUGCACUACCGUGAACAAAGUCUGUGCAUCUGGGAUGAAAGCAACAAUGCUUGCAGCACAGAGCAUUCAAUUGGGCAUGAAUGAUGUUGUUGUGGCUGGUGGCAUGGAGAGCAUGUCUAAUGCACCUAAAUAUUUGGCAGAAGCAAGGUCAACACCUCUCUCUCAUUCAGGGUCCCCAUGUUGUUGUAUUCAAGUUGUGAUUUCUGAUUCAGUAUUAGCAUGCAGGAAAGGAUCUCGACUUGGGCAUGAUACUGUUGUUGAUGGAAUGCUGAAAGAUGGACUAUGGGAUGUUUAUAACGAUUGUGGCAUGGGCAGCUGUGCUGAAUUAUGUGCAGAGAAACAUGUCAUUUCAAGGGAGGACCAGGACAACUUUGCUAUUCAGAGCUUUGAGCGUGGUAUUGCUGCCCAACAGGGUGGUGCCUUUGCAUGGGAAAUUGUUCCGGUUGAAGUUUCGGGAGGAAGGGGAAAGCCAUCCACCAUUGUUGACAAGGAUGAAGGUUUAGGAAAGUUUGAUGCUGCAAAAUUGAGGAAGCUGCGACCAAGUUUCAAGGAUAAUGGAGGCACUGUUACUGCUGGCAACGCCUCUAGUAUCAGUGAUGGUGCUGCUGCUUUAGUCCUAGUGAGUGGAGAAAAGGCAAUUAAGCUAGGACUGCAGGUGAUUGCUAAAAUUACGGGAUAUGGUGAUGCUGCUCAGGCACCUGAGUUUUUCACAACAGCUCCUGCCCUUGCUAUACCAAAAGCCAUUUCAAAUGCUGGCCUGGAUGCUUCUCAAAUCGAUUACUAUGAAAUAAAUGAAGCCUUUGCUGUUGUGGCUCUUGCAAACCAGAAACUGCUUGAUCUUAAUCCAGAGAAGGUUAAUGUGAACGGUGGAGCUGUAUCAUUGGGACAUCCUCUGGGUUGCAGUGGAGCUCGUAUCUUGGUGACACUUUUGGGGGUAUUGAAGCACAGAAAUGGGAAAUAUGGAGUUGGUGGUGUUUGCAAUGGAGGUGGAGGUGCAUCUGCACUUGUUGUGGAGCUUUUGUAAGACUUUUUAUGUUUGGUUUGAGAUGAUGUUGUGGAGGAUAAACCCAUGCCGCCGAAGACAGUUUUAUGUAGUGCAAUUUGAUCUUAAUUUUUGCUUUUACUCCCCAAUAAGCUGUAGCAAUUCUUGAUUAGCUUUGAGAAGAAAUAUAUUUAUAAUCUACUUCACAUUCCUCUGUUUUAGCUCCUUUUCUCCAAGUUCAGUUCUUGAGUUAGCGUGGGGACAAGUGUGAUGAUAUAGGAAUAGGCGUAGCGCAAACCUUAUAAGGCUGUGUCCGCCCUAGUGAUGGCAAUGCAACAUUAUUGGAUGCUCUUAAUUGACGUUGUUGGAUAUCACUAAGGAUUCAGUUUAUAUUAUUAAAUGUUAGAUUAUGAAA